CGUAGRGAAGUCCCGCCGUUCAAGAUCGACGUGAGUCAGGAAACUCUGUGAGCAUCGUCAAACGACGCAUCUUUCAAAGAAUGGAAACUAUUAAUAAGACCUGAAGUCAUUCCUGCCCCUGAUGCCAAAAACCAUGCAAGGACAUUUGAUUGUAAUCAGCCAGCGGUAAUUCUCGUGGAUAUCAUCACUUGGUUGGACUUCCUUUGCAACAAAAGCUUGUCAAAGCAAAGUUCCUACUUUUUACGUCACUGUUCAGGACAUCGACAGACUAUCACGUUCCCUAAGGACUUGAAACCAAGCCAGCCUUUUCACGAGAUGAAUCCUAAGUUAGUAGGGAGUUAAGAGGUUCCUAAAUUAUAUUUUUCUUGUUAUACUGGUUGGGUUUUGAUUGGCUGAGCGCGAGUAACAUAAUGAAGUUCUUUUGGUCUUUUGCAAUUUUUGUGUUCGUCAAUUCUGCAAUGGCCAAGAAACGAUUGAAGCCCAAUAUCAUCUUCAUAAUGACUGACGACCAAGAUGUCGAGCUGGGAUCUAUGCGGGUCAUGAAUCGAACAAGACAGAUUUUCAGCGAGGGCGCUGAGUUCGUCAAUGCGUUUGUUACUUCGCCAAUAUGCUGCCCCUCACGAUCAUCGAUCUUGACYGGGAUGUACACUCAUAACCACAACACUCUUACAAACAACAUGAACUGUUCAUCAAUGAAUUGGCGAGUAGGGCCAGAACGACAAAGUUACGCGAGAUACCUGGCGGAUGCUGGAUACUUAACGGGUCAUUUUGGUAAAUAUCUAAACGAGUACGACGGCUCAUACAUUCCCGCCGGCUGGCAUCAAUGGAUUGGUUUAGUACGGAAUUCACGAUUCUACAACUACACGUUACGUCACAAUACCUUUUUCCGUCGUCAUAGAAACAACUACGGUAAAGAUUAUUUCACUGACGUCAUCACCAACCACAGCCUUGCGUUUUUCCGUAGAGCCAAAGCGCGAAAUCCUAACAGACCGGUGUUGAUGGUUAUCAGUCACUCGGCUCCUCAUGGACCUGAAGAUGCGGCUCCUCAGUAUCAAGCUGCAUUUAAAAAUAUCACCGCACCAAGGACUCCAAACUGGAACUACAUAUCGUUGGACAAACACUGGAUCUUGCGUGUAACGCCUAAGAUGGAUCAACAAAAGAUUGCGUUCUCUGAUCUGCUGUAUCGCAAACGUCUACAAACACUGUUAUCCGUGGACGCCUCCAUACAACGGGUGUAUAACAUGCUGAAAGAAACAGGAACACUGGACAAUACUUAUAUCUUUUUGUCAUCUGAUCAUGGCUACCAUCUUGGCCAGUUUGGUCUUGUCAAAGGGAAAUCGAUGCCAUAUGAGAGCGACAUACGUGUACCAUUUUAUGCCCGAGGACCAAAUAUACCCAGAAAUGCCAAAAUUCAACAAGUGGUUCUCAACAUCGACCUGGCACCAACCUUCCUGGACAUUGCUGGUAUCAAGACACCACGAACAAUGGAUGGAGUAUCCGUGAUGAAGCUCUUUACCAGGCGACUUAGAAAGCCCAAUGACCAGCCACGUGUACGAAGAAAGAUCAGCCAUCGAUGGAGGGACACUUUUCUUAUAACACGAGGAAAACCCAGGCGAGGUAACAAGCAUCGUGUAACAAAAAAGCAGCCAAAAUCAGCAAAAGCCACGUUCCUCGAACGAUUAUGCGCAGAAUCCAAGUAUCGGUCACCCUGUGUAGCAGGACAACAAUGGCACUGUAUCAAAAUAAAAGGCCGUCUGAGAUUGAAGAAAUGUAAGAAAAUAGAGCAAUUACCAGUACAUCCAACCACGCCCACCGUAGAAAUGUGCACGUGCUAUCGGCCUAGACUACCAUGGGUGAAACCAACUAAGGAACAACCACCACGUGAUGACGAAAACAACAAGGAAAAGUUGCAAAAACGUUCAUUGCGUUCACAACAACGACGAGCUCACAAGCAAAGCAACUACUACAAGGAAGUGUCUCGUGCAAUGAAGAUGGCUGCACGACGUCGAAAAGCUAAAAUGAUGAACAUGAAGCCAUUAGAAGAAAAUGGCGAUGUCGAGAUUGACAAGAGACUAGAACGUAUAAAUGCAAAGAUUGCUGGCAUCAAGUUUCGUUUAGAAGCACUUAGAGGAAGGAAGAAGAAGUUGAUAAGAAUCAAAGAAGAAAAAGAUACAGAGAAUUACUUAAAACAAAAGUACGAAGAGUUUCCAUGCCCAUGUCCUACCCCAUCACAGCCUGCAAAGUCAAGGAGACCAAGAGGUGGUAGCAAGGCAGGAAGAUUACGUCGAAGACUGAGGUCAGGCGCUAUCAAUUCAGAGGUCUAUAAGAAGCGACUACAAAGAAGAAAUAAGAAAAAGAACAGUUUAAAGUCAAGUCUUCGUUCUGGCAAGAGAAGAAAAAAGACCACUAAAAAGAAGUCCAGGCGAACCAAAUGUUCUGUUCCGGGGAUGAGCUGCUUUUACCAGACCAACUAUCAUUGGAAAACACCGCCAUUGUGGAAUGGAGGAGAGUUCUGUUUUUGUCCAAGCUCAAGUAACAAUACAUACUGGUGUCUGCGAACCAUCAAUCAACAUCAGAACUUCUUGUAUUGUGAAUAUAUUACACAGUUUCUGGAAUACUUUGAUCUGAAUACUGAUCCUUACCAGCUUUACAAUAUAGUCGAUCGUAUUAGUCCUUCAGUCUUGUACGAUCUCCACCAUCAAUUAGAAAGACUAAAAGGCUGUAAAGGGUCUCAUAGUUGUACUCAAUAUCAUGGAAAACCAUACAAAAAACCUGACCAGUCUGUCAAUAGCACCAGUAAACCGGUUACGAAGACAAAGAUUACGGACAAGAAACCAACAACAACACAAUCACCAACAAAGCUGCAAGAUACAAGCUAUACCGAAACAACCCCCAAACCCACCAAAUUGUUGGAAAAGAUUGUCGACAAAAGUGAUGGACAGUCUAACAAAGAAGCAAAUAAAAAUACAAAUAAAGAAAUGUUGACUGAAAAAGGGAAAAUUGAGAAAAAAAAGCGAGGAAAACAGAAAAAAGACGGACUUGCUCCAACUCCAACAACCAACGUUAAGAAGGCCGAAAAAAGUAAAAGUAAAGCCGAGAAGAAAAAGAAGAGAAACCGUGGAAARAAGACAAACAGACGUGUGAAUGGAAACAAAAGAGACAGUUUUACCACCGUAUCGCCAUAGCUACGGUAUCACCAUUGUUACAUGACAACCGUCGUUAACAGACAUUGAAUGAUUUAAACCUAKUCUAGGGUCUAGGAAGAGASAAGACUUGUCAAAAAAACACAGUUUAUCAGAGUAAUUUAUGCAUUCUUGGGUGAARAUAGUUAACCCGUGAAACAUACUAACGAUACAAACUAUUCGUUAGUAUGACUUCAUUGAUUUUUUUUACGGGUUAAUUACUGUAGUACCAAUGGGCGACCAUUUUAACGUUGAAUACUCUAGUUUCGAUUCGCUUUUGUGCAAGCUUCAAUCAAGCAUAAAUUAUUAUUGUCUUGUUGGUACACAGAGCGUUCAUUACAAUAGGAUCUGUUUUUAUGAUGUUAAGCCUGCAUCACGUGAUCUCGAAACUUUAGUAUUCUUGUGCUGCCCAGCCUCGUUUUUUUUUUUCGUUUCUCUUUUAAUGGUGAAAUUGGUUUUAGGAUGCAUUAGAGAGCGAGGCAAAAUGCGUGUUUUAUUACAAUGUUUCUGAGUAGCASGUACAUUACCUGGGGAUAUCAGUGACCGAGAGGGAAUGGGAAAUAAUAAACGUCGACACGCAUUUCAAAUGAUCUGCUCAGAAGUUUUGAGUAGAAAUGUGUACGGUGACGCGUUCGUCGAUUAUUGCAACCCUUGUGUUACCGCUUACAGACGACGAAACCAAAAAUGGAAGAUUCGCAUCAAAAGCUAUUCAACGUCCAUUAGAAACUUUGCAAAAACAAGGACAGACUGUGUUGCCUUUGGUAGAUUUAUUAAUUAAAUAAUAAUAUUUCUGA